AUGGGAGAAUCACCUACAUUUGCAGCUCUGGAGCGUUUCAUGGCGGCUCAAUGGAACUUUGUUGCCAAACCCAAGGCCUUCUACCACAAUGAUGGGUAUUUUUUUAUUACAUUUUGUAGUAUGCAUGACAGGGAUAAUGUAUUGUCUUCAGGACCAUAUAUGUUCAGGAAUAAGCCAAUGAUCCCUAAAAUGUGGACACCAGAAUCUGAUUUUGGAAAGGAGAUUUUGCAAACAAUCCCAUUGUGGGUUAAAUAUCCUAACCUACCAUUAAGUUGUUGGGGAGCUGACUCGCUGAGUAGAAUAAGCAGUGUCCUGGGGACUCCUCUAUUUGCGGAUGAAUGUACAAGCAAAAUUGAGCAUAUCUCUUUUGGCCGAGUGCUAAUUGAAAUUGAUGUCACUAGGGACUUGAAGAGAAACACUACAGUUCUGGAUCCCAAUGGCCGUACAUUUGAACAAAAAGUAGAGUACGAUUGUGAACCAGUGUACUGCGCAAAAUGCUUAGUAGUGGGGCAUAAAUGUUCACCUGUGAUUGCUAGUAAAACAAAUCCAAUAGCUGCUAAACCAAGGGCUCCAAAGUUGAAGCAAGUGUGGCACAACAAAGAGAGAACUAUUGUACCUGACACUAUGUAA